AUGUAUAUUGCUCUGGAAAAACGCGGCUUCUCAACCAGCAACGCUGGCUUCAACCUCAGCACAACCGGCAUCAUCAGCAUCUGUAUCAUCCUUGUCCUCUUUAUCACCGUGACGAGUUUGCUGUGUAUGACGAACGCACGGAAGAGGCGGCUGCAAAGACUCAAACGCCUGCAACGCAAACAGAAUGCGCUCCGCACCACAGAGAACCGACCCGCAAGAGAGCCUCUUCGAUUCAAUCAGUCUCGGAAUUGGAAUACUCAGAGACCUGCCAGCACCCAAGUCAAACGUCCUGCUCCGGCACAUGUGGUUGGCGAGUGUCAUGAUCCUCUAGAGCCUCCACCAGCUUAUCAAGCAUGA